UCUAAAGAUGCUGAUGCAAACCUACAACUUUUAAAACAUGAUGUUAGACAGGUUGUAAAUAAUAAUUCUGGUAAUGAAAAAAUUAUAGGGAAAAGGAUUGAGACAGAAUUAGAAGAAGUUGAUAUUGAAAGCCUUGGAUUUGACCAUACUAUAUGUUCUGAAGUUCUAGAUGUUAAACCAAAAUCUUUCACAAAGAUGCCUGGGAAGAAGAAACUUAGCAAAGUAGAGCAAGUAUCUCUUAACCAAGAUCAAGAAUCAACCCCAAAAGAACCAUUUAAUACUAGAUGUUUUACUUCUGAAAAGUUAUCAGUAAUACCCAAUCCUGUAAUUAAAAUUUCAGCCAAUACAUUUCUGCCAAAAAAUAGUUAUAGAAAAAAAGGUGCAAAAAAUAUUUCUCAAAUGAUAUCUAAUGGUAUUCAAAGUGAUACACAGUCUUAA